GUGAUGUUUCCAUCUGUUCAUCGGUGUACCCUCGAGUUCCGUCUUUCCUUGUUUACGACGCGAUGCUUUGAAUUGCGUGCCAAAAUACGGCGCUCGUCUAACCUGACCCUGCUCCAACUGCGGCCUGAAGGUCUGUUCUUUUGCGCUGAACCACCGUACACUGUGUUGAACUUAAAAAAGGACAGAUAUACAGUGGAGACUCGAUGGGAGAAAGAGGAGAGGAGAACUGACACAAGCUGGUGUAGCCAGUUGUCAGCGAAGAAGAACAGACUCAAGGAUAAUACAACCUGAGCAGCCCAACCUAACUCGAGAGAUCCGAGACGCAGCAUCGGGAGGUGGCAACGCGAGAGAGAGAGAGAGAGAGGUUCAUCGCGUUCCGCGACGGCGGAUCAUCAUCGUCGGCGAGGCGAGCCGGGUGUCAAAAUGCCGUCGGGUGUCUGGUGUCGAUGCGCAGCGUCGACGUCGCGAUUCGGACGCGAGGCCUGAGAAAAGCGCGACGCGAUGCGAUACGUUUACAAGUUGUUCCUGCUGUGCCUUAUCCUGGCCGCGCUCAUCAUACUGCUCAAUGUGACCAGCAAUUUUCCCAGCAAGUUGUACGACCAGCAGCAGGCAGCCGGCAAGGAGCGCCUGGUGCUGCUUCACAGGAAGACCCCGGCGAUUGCGGCGACGAGCGAGGUGACGAUAUGCGUGGUGGUGUGCGGGGACAGGCUGCACGAGGCCCUGACUAUGCUCAAGUCGGCCUUGGUCUUCGCCAACAGGCCGCUGCAGCUGGUGAUACUGGCGGAGAACAAUCUGAUACCAGCCUUCAGCGAGAAGCUGUCAGAAUGGAAGCUCAUAUCGAACAAGACCUUCGACUUCGUCGUGCGACCCAUCACCUUCCCCGAAGGCAGCGACGUGGCCAUGUGGAAGAAGCUGUUCAAACCUUGCGCGGCCCAACGACUGUUCCUGCCGACCGUGCUGAAUGACACGGACGCGGUGCUCUAUGUGGACACGGACACUCUGUUUCUGGCGCCGCCUGAGAAGAUCUGGGACGAGUUCAAGAAGAUGAACUCCAGCCAGCUGGCGGCUCUCAGUCCUGAGCACGAGGAUCCCAACACCGGCUGGUACAACAGAUUCGCCAAGCAUCCGUAUUACGGCAAACUGGGCGUCAAUUCCGGCGUGAUGCUGAUGAAUCUGACGAGGAUGAGGGAGUUCCGAUGGACGGACUAUGUGAUCCCCAUUCAUAAGGAAUACCGGCUGAAGAUCACCUGGGGCGAUCAGGAUAUCAUUAACAUAAUAUUCCACUAUCACCCGGAAAAGCUGUACGUUUACUCGUGCCGGUACAAUUAUAGGCCGGACCACUGCAUGUACAUGUCAGUGUGCAGCGAAGCGGAGAAAGACGGUGCCCUGGUGUUGCACGGCUCGCGCGGUACAUUCCAUUCGCAGAAGCAGCCACCGUUCAAGGCCGUGUACAGGGCCAUGCAGGAGUACCAGCUCAACACCGACCCGUACGACGAGCUGCUGGUGCCGAUGAGGAAUUACCUGGCGAUGGAGGACAAGUCCAACUGCGGCCGCGUCUGGAAGGUGUUCAUCAUUCAGCCGGAGCUGCACUUGGGCCACAACUUCUGAAGGACCGCUCGGUGUUCGACAGCCCGAACGAGACCACUUUUCCACACGUUCGUUUUGAUAAUGUCUUCGUCGAUAUAUACAUAUAGAUGUCGUGUGCAGAUAUCGAAGCAGUAACGAGAAUAGGAUGUAAGUAUUUGUACGUAAUCGUUUUUAGUCGUGACGUAAUCGCCAUCCCGUGCGUCCUCCCCUCUGUCCCUCGGAAUUUUCUCGAGAGAGUUUUUAGAAUCUAAAAAUAUUUAACUGCGUAAAGCGGUGUCCACAAUGAUUUAAAGGGCGUGAGAUUUGAACUUUAAGCCUUAAGUCGAAAGAAAUUGACCGAUCACAGUCGAUUGCGAGAGGAAUGAUCGAUUGUGAUCGGUCAAUUUCUUGUCCGCAACCUUGUUUUCAAUGGACGUUAAACUUAAUGGCUUAAAACCUAAUGAUAAAAGCAAGGUUGUAGACAAGAUCUUACGACUUAAGACUUGAAGCCCAAGUCUUACGCCUUAAAUUUGCUCAUUGUGCACGCCGCUUAAAUAUUUAUGUGUAUACUUAUGUAUGUAUUUUAAAUCGGAGCGCGAGAUUCUCGUAAGCGAUUGUCGAAUCCAAGAAUGUAAUCCGUGUUGACUGCAUGUGAAUUCCGUAUUAUAGACUGAAACUUUUCUAUGGUGCAUUUGAGUUUUUUUGUUGACAAGUGCGCUAUGUUGUUACUGUUUGUACAAGAAGCGAUGCAGCGAAUAUGUUGUUAUACAUUUUUAUCCGAAUUUCGAGACAAUACUUAGCUUGUGGCUUCCCACCAAGGGAAAGCGUCGGUUAGAGUCUAUCUGUGGCAUCACAAACGAAAUAUCAAAGAUAUCUCAGGACCACAUUUUAGUCAUGAUUAAUAAUUUAAUAACGAAGAAUAACAAUAUCUGAUAGUCGAGAGGGAAGAUCGUCAUGUUCGUUAUAAACAAUAUCGCAUUGUCCAUUUGUCUGAUGACAGAUAGGCUCCAAUCUCUAACUAAAAGACACGCGACGUUACUUUGAAACUGAUGUACGUUCAGUUUCGCAAAUCUCGCCAAAUAAGGCGACAGCUUUUUUUUUUACUUUUAUCCGCGAAAAAUAUUUAACUGGACUUGCAGCGUUUUCAAAGUAAACGUUCCAUCUUCCGACGAGACAGUUAAUUAUAAGUAAAAUUAAUUACAAAUAUUAUUGUAGUGUUAUAUACAAAUAAUUGAAUUUCGGCUGAAGUGUUCAAAUCUUUCACACGUGUUCAAAUAUUUCACAUGAUAUUUUUUACGAUCAAUAUGCGCGAUUUGUGUCGUUUCACUGUCCAAUUGUUGGAGAAACCAUUUGUGAUACUUUUCUUAUAAAACAUUAUACAAGGCUUAUGAUAAUAAAGA